CAGGCAAUGCUAUCCGGAAGAAUUCACGAGCGGUUUACAUGUACAGUUCUUUAAGCCUAACUAUUUUUAUUUUCUUUAAAUGUUCAGUGUUAAAUGUUUAAAACAGCAUUAUUUUUAUUCUUUGUCUUAUUUCAUACAUAACAUUCGACUGAAACGGAAAGCAAAGAGAGCGAGCGAAGACGUUAGCGAACACGUUAGCUUAAAGCUAUGAGCAGAGAGUAAACAGCAGAAGUCAUAAAGUUUCUCUUUUUUUAGUUAAAGAAAUUAAAAUGGCGUCUAGCUCUCAUGACGAGCUUCAACUCAGCAAGAAACACGAAGAAAUUUUGGGGAAGAGAGCUGUUUUACUGCAACAGAUGGAGAUUUGCUAUGAGCAGCAGAAAGCCAAGAAAAAGCAUCGAGCCACUAUGUCCCAAGCUGCACGUGAAAGGAAUGCAGAAAUCCUGGAGGAUUUCCAGAAAGUAGAAGAACGUCUUCGGACACGACCGCUUCUGCAUCCAGAUGUUCUCAACCUUCAGACUCGUUAUUGGGCCUCAGUGGAGCAGAAGCUUCCAGAAUGGGAAAGCUACUUGCUAGGGAAGAGUCAAGCCCCGAUGAGUGAAGAGAUGAUCUCACAAAGACUCCAGGAACAGAAAGGUGGUGAAAAUGACUCUUCACCUGCACGGAGUAAGGGCAGACCUCCACGACCCAAACCCAGAUCUGCUGACUGAUGUGACUUAGGAGAAGGUAGGGUUAAACCAAGGAUCUCUUUCUUAUAAGGUAAUUUCAUCCUAGUAUCUGAAAUUAUGACAUACUACACUGCAUACAAGUCUGGUACCAAGGUUUCUAGAUUUGCAUUAUUAUUAUUUUUUUUAACAAGUGCUGUUUUGGCAGCACCAGUAGCACUUCUGUGAAAUCUCUACUGAGAAAGCGUGGAUCUGCUGGUAAUUUUCAGUUUCGCUCCACACACACUCCUAUAGUGCAUACAGUGAGCGUUAAUGAUGUGCUCAACCUGUUCGCGUGAGAUUUCUUCAUCUGACUCGCUCAGUUCAGAAACAAAUAUUAAAGUGCUCAUAAGUAUUGAGAAGUGAAAGCAGCAUUUCCUUCUAGCAUGACAUAACACAUGUCCAUAUGCUUCCUUGAUCCUCUGUUCUGAACACAUUUCGAGUUAAAUACUUGGGAAUCUGCUAGUACGAAACAGAUGGACUUUAUUUGUCCUACAAAGUGGCCUAUAUGGUAAAUGGCAAAUAACUGUGUCUGUGAGGUCUGACAGGUGGCAGGUCAGUGUUUAAUCUUGCACUGUAGGAGUCUUUCCACAAGGUGGCAGUACAGGCUAUCAAUGACACAAACCCUUAACCCAACACACGGCUUUCAUACAUGUAUGCAUCACUUCCCUGUUUGCUGAAUGAAAUGAUCUCGUAGUUAAAAAUCAUACAGAAUCUAUAAUCAGCAGGUCAUAUUUCAUAUGUUUAAUGAGUAUAUUGACUUACCCAUGUAAGAAAUGUGUGAUUAUAUGUAUUUAUGUGUGUUACUUUGGGAUAAUGAAGCUGAAAAUGAUUUAGACUAGUAUGCUAUUUCAGAUCCAGUAAUAAGGGUAUAUAAUGUUCAUAUUGAUAAGUUUAUUUUUAGGUAUUUUUUAUAUUGUGAAUAUGUAAUAUAUUUUAUGUGAUAGUGAAAAGCAAUUUCAGUUUCUUAAAGCAGAGACUCUGGGGGUCCAGGCACCCCAGCGGUCUUUUUUUGUUACAGUGGUGGAAAUCACAUACUGCCAAAAAUUCAAAGAUAUUAUAAAUGUUAUUAUAAUUAUUGAGUAUUGAUCCUGUAGUUAUUAGACAAUUUGAAUGGUUGCUUCAAUUGAAUGGGUUUAAUCCAAACUUAAAAACAAGUCUAUAAAUGUCAAUUUUGGCCUAUUGUUUUCUGUUGUUGGAAGAUUCAGGAAUUAAAAAAAGCUCUAGGUUUCCAGUAAAUAACCAGGAAAUUGCUGUACAUGUCUUAUUAAUGAGCCUAUUAUUUGAAUAAUUGGAUUGUGUUCCUAAAGUAAAUCUGUGCUGAGGGGGUCCAUGAAAUUUAUUUUACAAUUAAAGGCGUCCUUGACUGCAAAAAGUCAUAAGUCAUGCUUAGACAUUGUUUGCAUUCAGUACAUUGCUACUUGGUGUUUAACGUUAUGGAAGUUAUGUUUUUAUUAUGGAACUUUCUAAUACAGUGUGUUCACCACUUGCCACAUUUUAUGAUACACAUCAGAACCUCAUACUCAAAGUCACAAAUCUUUAGCCAGUCAUAACUCAGGCCAAAGUUCACCACUUCCUUUCACCGUUCUUACGUGUUGCUCAAACCGCUACGGAUGUGCACGUGCGGUCAUCACUCGGAAAUUGUACUUAUCUAAAACAAGCCUGUAUAUGCACGUCUGUUUUGGAAUGUGAUGUCUUUUUCUUACCUUAGCUCUUGGUAACGAUGAGGUCAUGACCCCUUUAUGGUUCAAAUCCUCGAUGAGUGCUUUCCCUGUUCGCAGUAAUUGCUCUUCUUUUGUCUCUUUGAAGGCUGAUUUGAGGUCAGCCACUUGCCAUAUGUUCACAAUAACUCAACAGCAAUGAGCUGCCCAGUAUAUGCCAUGAGAUUAGGCGUGUUCGGGUGCUUUGUUUGUUGAAUCUUUAUGUAUAUGGACUGAAAUGAUCACAGCAAGCAUUUUGAUGAUGUGUGCAGUAAAGAAGAGAAUGCUGAAGUAAUUUAUGCUCAGACAGACUGUGGUGAUUUUCUUGCAGUGAAUUCAAUAUAUUGCACUUUCUAUCUGUUGCCUUCUUUUUUCAUUUCUAUCAUUCCGUAUUGCUCUUGCCACAUCAUUCCCUCUCUCUCUCUCUCUUUCUCUCUUUCUGUGUACUGACCGACAUGGCAGUCCCCGGAUCGAGCCCUAAUUGCGAUGAUCAAACCUGCGCUGGGUGACGCGGAGUGGCGGCUUGACAAAUGCGAUCAUCCGGAUGGCCGGGGUUGAAGUGGCGCUGGUUGGCAGCUGCCCAUGUUCCUCAGCUGGGACUCGCAUUUGCCCCGGAGGUCAGGGCACCAGUCGCCCUGAUGAGUGGGUAGGGAACAAGAGACUGGGGUGCCAAGGUGGGGGUAGUUAUCAAGAUGGUGAAUUAUCUAAAAGGGUUUUGAAGAGCACGAUCUGGAGCCUUUCCAAAUGACUAGUUAUGCAUUGUGUAUACUCAUGAAGAAAGCCCUCAAGCUAGGUUGGCCAUGGACACCACCGUGAAGGAGAGGAACAGUAUAGAGUGACUGGGGGACAAACACACACCUGGGCUUCAGCAAACUCUCUGUACUUGAUGUCGUUAUUUCAUUACGGGGUGCAACAACGGAGCCUUGUAUUGUCAUCAGUUGUGUUGAUUUCUUGUUUAGAUGUUGCUGUUCAUCAUGCAUUUCUUCACAGAAAAACUCAAAUCCACUUUAACUACAUUUAUGAGGCAAUAAUUUUUUUUUAUCCACACAUAGCCUGCUUUUAAACGUUAUGUUGAUUGAGACUGCAAACACUUGUGACUGUCCUACGCCACCUGUUAUUUAGUCAGUCAACAGCACAUUGUACUUAUAAUCCCACAUUGUACUUCCCUGAUCUUAGCCCGUGUGUUAAACUGAAGAUCAGCUUUAGGGUAGAUCUGCAGGUCCGAGUUAAUUAACCUCCAUCUUUUGUGACACAAGGGAGUGGAAGUGAAGGGGGAAUCCUGGGUCAGAGGAUUAACACCGGACAUCUCGGCAUUAGUGUUCCUGCCAAACAAUGAGACUGUUUCCAGAUCAGUUUUCAAUAGUAUCCAGAAAGGACAUUUUAAUAGACUUCUGUUGACUGAAUCCUUGCACAGAUGUUUUCUCCUUGGCGGAUAAGCAGCCCUAGUUAUGUUCCCAUUUAUUUUAAAUUGCUAGGCUGUCUGCAUUGAUAGUUGUCUAAUGGGGGAUUUGGGAGGAGGAGGUGGAGGGGAGACUUGGGAGAGCUCUAGUGAAUGAGGAGCAGAUUGUUUUGAGGUCAGGCCUUCGUCUUUUUUUUUUUUUUUCAACAGACUGUGUGUAACGUGUUGGGCGAGAGGACAGAAGUUCCCCUUCAGCUGCCUAGCCUCGAGGGCCAAAGACUGCUUCUGAACGGAGGUCAUGCCAGAGACUGACAUUGAUGUUAUUCCAGCGGGGCAGAGAGCCCACGUUCUGCUCCCAUGCUGCUGCCUGGAGACCUCUAAGCCAUAAAGCACCUUCUCAGAGCGUGCCCUUGACGAUUCGAGGCCUUGUGGGUGUGUAGGAUGGCUUCAGCUCAAAAGCAGAAGCCGCCUUUGCACCCACUGAGGGCCUGGAAGAGCAUAAACAACUGAUGUGUGAUGUUUUAUGGAGACACCUGUUCAUGUAUAUAUUGUAGGAUCUCAUUUGUUUAUAAUUAUAUUAUCAGGUUUGCUUUGUGAUCUGCACAAUGUUCCUUUUAUCCAUGCAUUUGAAAUUUUUUUAGAUGUGAAAUCUUUCUAUUUUCGUGACAGUGGUUAAGUAUGCUUAUUUUUGGGUUGUGUUUUUUUUUUUUUUUUUUUUUUUUUUUUUUUUUUUUUUUAGGUGGAACAUCAGCACAGGAUGUAAAUGUAUUAACAGCUAAUUGUAAAAAAAAAAACUUAAUUAGGGUCAAAAUGGAUACAUUAGUAAGAGGUGUAGUUAGGCAUCCUUCUGGGGUAUCCAGUCAAAUAAACUACUCUCAUUCCCUUUAA